UUCCCCUCCUCUCUAUAUAAAGCAAUGAGGCACUGCUAGUUUGAUUCAUAGUUGGUUUUUUGAGAAUCUCCUUCAGAAGAUCAGAAAGAAGAUGUCUUGCAGCGGCGGAAAGUGCGGGUGCGGUUCUGGGUGCAGCUGCGGCAGCUCUGGAGGAUGCAAGAUGUACCCUGAGAUGGCUGAGAAGAGCACCACCUCUGAAACUGUGAUCCUUGGGGUUGCUCCUGAGAAGGGGAAAUUCGAAGGACUCGAGAAGGUUUCUGAGACCACCGAGGGGAGCUGCAGCUGCUCGUGUGGAUCCAGCUGCCGGUGUAACCCUUGCCGGUGCUAAAUUACGAAGCAUCAGCUUCAUAUAAUACCUCCUGGGGAUGAACAUGUGUGGGGUGUGACAUAUCUAUGUAAUUUGUCUUAUGCUUUGGAACAUCUGUAGUUCUAUAACAAAUAAAUAGGCCAUGGAUGUGUGUGCCAAUUAAUAAUACUUCUUGGUGUGGAUGAAUGAUGGAUUGGGAGUGUAAUAGUUGUAACCAUGGCUGGUGAAGUUGGGUGCAUAUUAAACUCCUGCCAUAUAUCUGUGUGUGUUUUUGUGUGCUUUUGGUGCUGAAUAAAGGUUUGGAAAUUUAGUGUGUUUCUAUU